AUGCUUCUUCAUCGUCCUCUAUCAUUGGCCCUCCUCAUCUUCUUCUUCUUCUUCCCAUUGGCGAGAGCAGCCUACGAGAUAGUAAACUUCGGGGCGAAACCUGGAGGGACUGUUGACGCAUCCAACGCGCUCCGCAGAGCAUGGAGCUCGGCCUGCAGUUCGGCAACGCCCGCCACAGUCCACGUCCCAAAGGGAACAUUUCUACUACACUCCGUCAUUCUCAGUGGGCCCUGCAAACGCUUCGUCACGCUCUGGAUCGAAGGAACUUUCGUCGCUCCCUCGAACUACGCACUCAUGCCGUCGAAGUGGAUUACAAUCACAAAAGUCAACGGUCUAAGGAUCACGGGGGGAACUCUCGAUGGACAGGGGAAUGCCCUUUGGGCCUGCAAGCACGCCCGCCGUUCCUGCCCUCAUGGGACUGACGUAUGUGGAUGUCUUCCCUCGUCGACCUACUGCCCUCUCCACCUCCAUACGACCGAAUUUUAAUCACAAGUAACAUCUUUCUGCGCGUCGACUGGUUCCAGACCCUCGCCAUCGGAAAUUCCAAGAACGUGGAGAUCAUCGGGCUUUCCUCGAUCAACAGCAAGCUCUUUCACAUCAGCAUCUACAAGACCGAAAACGUGGCGUUACGGGGGCUGAAGAUCGUCGCGCCGGAGGCCAGCCCCAACACCGACGGCAUACACGUUCAGAUGUCCCGCGGCGUCACCAUCACCGGCAGUAGCAUCAAGACCGGGGACGACUGCAUCUCCAUCGGGCCCGGCAGCACCAAUAUGUGGAUCGAGGGGAUUACCUGCGGGCCGGGGCAUGGAAUCAGGUGAGCCUCCGACGCCGCCCCUACCACACUUGGAGAGGAGAAUUCUCGACUUCUUCUCUGUAGGCCUGAUCGCUGUUUGGAUUCAGCAUCGGAAGCUUAGGGCGUUCGCUGCAGGAGGAAGGCGUGAAGAACAUAACGGUGAAAACGGCCGAGUUCACGGGGACCCAGAAUGGGCUGCGGAUCAAAGCGUGGGCGAGGGACAGCACCGGGUUCGUCAAUGGGGUGUCCUUCCAGCACGCCGUCAUGAAGAAUGUCGAGAACCCCAUCGUCAUCGACCAGAACUACUGCCCGUCAAGCCACGGCUGCCCCAGUCAGGUAGAUCAACAAGAAAAGAGCCACUUUGGCGCGUAAUCAACAGUCUCAUUCUCUUAUUCUUUCUGAUCAGGCCUCAGGGAUAAAGAUCAACCAAGUGCAGUUUUGGGACAUCAAAGGGACGUCAGCGAAGAAGGUGGCAGUGACGCUCGAUUGCAGCCCCAGAAAUCCGUGUAGAGGGAUCUCCCUUAGGGACAUUAAGCUCACUUACAAUGGCGGGCCGGCCAAAUCGUUCUGUUGUCAUGCGUCCGGAACGACCAUGGGUGUCGUUGAUCCUUCGGGAUGCUUAUGA